UGCCAAUUUCUUGAGACUGAUCUAAAGACAUCUACGAAUGGUCAUCUGAGUACCCCACAUACCCAAGUACCUAGGUAGGUACCUAGGUAGGUAAGGUACUUGGGUAGGUGUGCCAGUUAAUUGACUUGUUCAGCGUUCAAGGUCUCUAUAUGUAUGCCGAGUGAGUUUCGUUUGACCUCGUGAUCUAGCACGUGACGCAAUGACGGUGCAAUCCGACGACUGGCCAACCAGUGCACGGCCGCUUUACCAUGGAGUUAUCCUUAUCGUGGCGCGACAUUGUCAUUACUGUGACGUCCAAACGACGGCACUCAUCCCAAACGCGACAGCCGGCAGUCGACUCAUCACAACAAAACGAAAUACGAAACCUUUGCAUCGAUUUGGAGGCGCCGAACCGACUGACUGCGUUAUCUUACUCAAUUUGUGCAUCCCUCGCCUCUGUUAGACCAAUCUUGUUCAUCCGCGAUUCAAAAACGCCAACUAUGGAAGAAGAACGUCUCUGGAAGUUCCGUAGGCCGCAAUGGCUCAAUAGUGUGUGGGCAAGGAACGCCGGAGUUUACACAUCGGGCGCUUUGUUCUCGCUUGCAUUCUACGUUCUUCUCGAUGCCGCAGUGUGGUCCAAGUCCCCACUCAACCCGUCCGACACACACGUCACCUUUGUCGACUGGCUGCCCUUCAUCUUCUCGAGCCUGGGCAUGCUCAUCAUCAACAGUGUCGAGAAGUCUCGCCUGGGUGCCGACUCGUUCAGCUACAGUGGAUCGGGUGUUGCGUGGAAGGCGCGCGUCGUGCUGUUCCUCGGCUUCGCGUGCCUCGCAGGCGGCAUGGCCGGUGGCGUCUGUGUGUUUGUCCUCGGAUACGUCGUGCCCGGGUUGGGCAUGCCGCAGAUGUUUAUGGGCGUGGAGAACGUAGUUGCAAAUGCCCUUGUUGGACUGAGCUCGGCCGUACUCUGGAUCAGCCAGAAUAUGGAGGAUGAAUACUCGUACAACUUGGCUCUAUGAGUUGUUUCUAUUCUACCCUCUUGCCUCCAGCAGUGAACAGAUUGUCUAAUAGUUUGCUAGUCCCCUCGGCACCGCAUCCUGAGAGACUGCGCCGGCUGAAAGCCAUAAUUAUGGUGUUUAGCUGAUGGACACCCGCGCAAAUAUAUUGCGGAUGAGGAAUGCGUUUGUUUUGGGUGUUGUGGGCAAGGGUAGCAAGACAGGCACUGCCCGUUCGCCUCAGCAAACCACUUUAUAUCUUGUGCUACUUUGCUGUGUAUUUUUAAAUUCAUCGAAUGCUAAGGAGCAUUAGACGCACCUAUACACAGAUUUACUUCAGCAAACUGAAAGUCUUUUUCCCAGGCUUGAAUUGAUAGGAGGUUCAUGGUUGAGCUUGAGGCACAUCACGAGUCCAACCUCUUCAUGUAUC